AUGAAGCGCAACUGCUCCCGUGUGAGCUUGGGACCCAACGGGGGCUGCUUCUAUGACAUGAAGUUCCGCGCCAAGCCGGGGGCCAAGUUCAAGUACCGCUACUCCACGGACGUCUACGACCCCGAGUGGGGCAUCAUCCCAGGGGAGCCGGAUAGGCUGAUCAGGUAUGGCCAGCUCCUGCGCAAGGGCACCCCAGUGCCUCCGCUGAAGCAGUCGGACAUGGACGACGACGACGAGGGCUGGGGCCUCCUCGGUGGGGUGGAGAUGACGGACAAGGGCGCACUGCUGCUGGACUGCGACGGCACCUUGGUGGAGACGGAAAGGGAUGGGCACCGCGUGGCCUUCAACAAGGCCUUCGAGGAGACGUCGAAUUCGACUCGCUUUUCUAUUUUUCAGGAGAAGGGCUACGACUUCGAGUGGGAUGCGGAGCUCUAUGGUGAGCUGCUGACCACCGGCGGCGGCAAGGAGCGCAUGGUCCGAUAUUUCAAGGACUAUAACCCGGACGCCUGGAAUUACGAGGACGAGCCAGAGAAGGACCACCCGGCCAUCAUGGAGCUACAUGAGCUCAAGACGAAGCUCUUCAUGGAGAUCGCCCCUUACGCCUUCGUGAAGUCUGGCGAGCUUCCGCUGCGCGAGGGCAUCAAGGAGCUGAUCGGCGCGGCGGCGGAUGCGGGGUGGCAGCUGGCGGUGUGCUCCACCAGCAACGAGGCGUCGGUUAAGGCCGUGGUGGAGACGAUGCUGCCGGAGUUCGCUAAGAAGAUGACCAUCUUCGCCGGGGACGUGGUCGCGGAGAAGAAGCCGGACCCAGCCAUCUACAAGUUGGCGGCCAAGAAGCUGGGUGUGGCGCCCAUGCUUUGCGUGGUAGUGGAGGACACCGCCAUUGGCGCCUCUGCGGGGAAGGCAGCGAACAUGAAGGCGACGGGGGCAAAAACCUGGGCCCG